AUGCCAAAUUUAACUACAAAUCAAAAGAUAGCUAUAGCUUUGAGCGUACCUGUUGCUGGAGUUUUAUUUUAUUUUUUACUAAAAUGGGCUCAGGAAGAUGAUGAAUUUGGCGAAGAUACAAAUUAUGAGGAAGAGGAGUUUGUGUCAAGUGCUGAUCUGGUGUCUGAGUUGCAGAUAUCACAGUCUCAUGUUGGGGCUGUUAUAGGUACUGUGUCGUGAAUUGUGUUUCUCGUUGAUAAUCUAUAAUCUGAUUAAAGAAUUUAUACGUAAUACGACUGUUUUAAAAUAUAUGAAGUCAAAAUACAAGCUGCAUCCACUAUGCAGCAUCUGUAUUGUACAUGAUAUACAUUUUGCCAAUUGUGUUAUGGGCAAUGUCCAUAUUCAUGUUAUCACGAAAAAAGGGUAAAAUUUGGGGAUUCCACUCCAAAAACACUUAAAAUAAAAUAUCAAAUCUUUAUAUACUCUUGAUAAUUUCACAAAUUUGCAAAUAAUUGCACAACAGUUUACGAAAAAGGUUAAAUUGAAAAACUUAACAGGCUCGGAAAUUAUAGCAAAAUAAAAUUUUUUUGUUAGAUUGGACUCCCUGCUAGUCAAAUGUCUUGAUUUUGCCUCUUGGCCUCUCAAGUAGUUUGGCUUUUUUGUGUCUAUAAGUUAACAGUUGACAAGAAUUUUUUAAAUAUUUGGCUUUUCUCAUUUGACCUCUUUAAGCUCUUUUGGUAGAUUUUGGCAAUUUACCAAUGUUGUUAACUCGGAGAGUACUUUAUUAAUGAUGUGCCAAAGCCUAUUAUUCUAUCGGCAGGCAGGCUGCAUAUUUAUUGUAAAAUUUGAAAACUAUUUGAACUUUAUUACUCGAAAUAUUAUAAUGGAGCCUUCAAACCUUCGGAUUUUGACUGCUGUGUUUUAUUUUAUAAUAAUAAUGUACAAUACAUUGUAAACAAUGAAUGAAAUUUAUCUUGUGUCAUGCGAUAGUGUAAAACAACUUUAAAUCACAUUUCAUAUUUUAUCAUAAAAAUGACAAAAACUCGAGAAUAUUCAUUUUUGCCACGGUGAAAAUGUUACAGUGUUGACGUUAAAACCCACCCCACCUAAAACGUUAUUUUGACGUUUUGUGUGGCAACAUGAAUAUGAACGUUGCCCCUUAUGUUGGAACAUUAAAACAUUUGUAAUUCCUCAAUGCAAGACAGGUUGUUUUUGAAGAAUAAAAUUGUGCUUGUAAUUUUAACUACAUAAUUUAUCUAGGGCGAGGAGGCAGUGUUAUAAAACAGAUACAAAAAGAAAGUGAGACAAGAAUUAAUUUUAAAGAUGACGAUGAAGAGUCUGAAGAUGAACUAACAGAAGAGGCAAGGCCUCGGAUUCGGACAAUGGUGAUCAGAGGUUCACGAGAGAGAAUCAAAUAUGCUGAAGUUCUGAUUAAGAAGAUAAUUGACGAGCAACCAGUGUUGGAGACAAUCAUUGUUGAGGUACCACAGCGGGUUAUUGGAAGAAUCAUUGGGAAAGGUGGAAGGACUAUUCGACAGUUAUGCAGAAUUUCAGGUACUUGUCCUGCAAGCUUUCACAGACCAGCUAAUGUUUUAAGUCUUUAUUCCAUUUUUAAGUUUUUAUUCCAUUUUUUUACAUGUUGCUGAAAUAUGCUGUAGUAUUUAAUACACCAAGAUGUGUGACUUGAUGUUAAGAUUUUGAGUGGAGUAACAAUAUAAAAACAUAUUGUGUUCAACAUAUUCUAGGUGCAAAAAUCAAAAUUAAUAGUGAAAAUGAGAUUGGUGAGUAUCGACCAUGUGAGAUUAUUGGAACUGAGACACAGAUUGCAUGUGCCAAACAACUGAUUGAUGAAAAAAUAUCUGAAGACAAAGAAUUCAGAGCAAAGAGAAAAAGUUCACAGGAAGGUACACUAUUUAAAUGUUACUUUUAUUCAUAAUUAUCUUGUUAAGCCUUGCAUGUCUACAUAGGAUUUUUAUGUGACAAUUUUUAUUUGCCUGUGACCCUGUGUAGACGAGGAAAAUUUGGGCAAUUUUUGUGUGGCAAAUACAGUUGCUGAAAAAGCUAGCAUGUCAGCUUUUAUGUGACAAAUAAAAGUUGUCACAUACGAAUAAUUGCUCGUGUAGAUUACUAGAUAAAAUGUCAUUUUUUUCUCCCGUCACAUUUGUUAAUGUGUGACUUAGUGUCAGCGCCUUGUUUUUCUGUGCGAGAUACCACUGUUCACAGAUAAUUUUUAAACAGGAAUCAAGUGCAUCAACAAUUAUUUGUUGUCUCAUUUACACGACCAAAUACAUUUCUCACAUAAAAAUUGCUUGUGUAAAAACAGUGCUUUAAGCAACAUUGAAAGCCUAGCUUAUCAGUUGUCAUUUCUCGAAGUGCUAUAACCUUUGUUAAAAAUAAAUGCAAACCAAAUCAAAAGUAACCAAGUGUAAUACCGCUCGAACUCCACUUCAGCCUCUUAAGUGCUGCUAUUAGUUAUAAUUUGGGCCCACAGUAAUUGUCUCACACUGUUUUGGUCACACUGCCUGUAGUCAUGUAUAUUUUCCUUGUUCUUGUUUUGUGUAUUGUAAUAUGGCGAAACUAAUAUUAAAUAAAUAAAUAAGGAAAGAGCAUUGCACCUAUUUUUAGUCUGUAAAAUAAAAGAUUUUAUUUGACAUGAAAUCAGAAACCCUUCUUAGUAUAUUAAAAUAUAUUUCAAUGUAGUUGUAUGGAUUUUUUACAGCAAAGGACAAGUUGACAUUUGCACAUUUACCUGUGCAUGGUGAGUACUUUGGGGUAUAUGUGUCUGCAAUGGACAAACCUGGGCAUUUCUGGAUACAGAACAUCACGACAGAUGCCAAAUUACUCGACAACCUUGUUGAAGAAAUGACUCAGUUUUAUGGAGAUAGGGGUCAAGGUCACAGGUUGAUACCACCCAAAGUUGGCGACUUGUGUUGUGCAACGUUUCAGCAUGACGAGGCAUGGUAUCGAGGUGAGGUCGUCCAAGUUCUGGAAGAUAGAAGUGAAAUUCGGAUUCAUUAUCUUGAUUUUGGUGAUACUGGUGUGAUCUCUAUGGCAAAUGUCAAGGAAAUAAGGUCUGGAAAAUAAAAUUGUUUUUAGGCUAAUGUACUUGUGUUGCCCAGUGGUGUUGCCACGUUCUAUCGCAUUCCCAUUAAGCCUUUGCGCUCCCAUUGUUUUUCUGGUCAUCGGUUUAUACCAGCUGAUAUUUUGUUAGCUGAUCGGUUUUUACCAGUUUAAAUAAAGAAGUUAUUAUUAUUAUUUCCACUGAUCUCUAUUCCCAACUGAUGCGACAAGGGACGAGGCAGCUAUGUGUUGUACAUAUAGUUGAGAUUCUCAUUGACAUCUCUCUAGGAUGAGCUCUUUGCUGCUGGGUCUCAAUAGUGUGUGUAUUAGAGGGAUGUGACUGUAUUGUAUUUAAUUAAUGCCAAGUUUCCCUUUUGUUGAUUGCACUGUGUCCUGAUUUUGAAACUGAAAACAUUAGGUAAUAUCAGGAAUUCUGGUGUAGAAAUAUGAUAUUUUCACCUUGGAAAAUUUAUUGAAUUUUUUUAUUGGUGUUAACAGGAAAGAAUUUUGUGAUCUGCCAUUUCAAGCUGUUGAAGUUUAUCUGGCAAAUAUCAAACCAAAAGGUUGGAGCAUGUUUAGUAAUUAUCAUGAUUUACUGGAGGGUUGCACCCUCCCUAAAAAUGAUCUCUGGAUUAUUUUUGGAGACAAACAUUAAAAGUCAUUUUCUGAGCUCUGAUUACAUAUUUUCAUUCAGGUGAACACUGGAGUCAGGAAGCAUGUGAUUUAUUUGAGAAGCUCAGUUGUUGUGCUCAAUGGAAAGUACUGAUGGCUAGAGUUGUGUAUUAUGAUGAUAGUGGAGUACCUUGUGUUGAACUUAUUGAUACAAAUAGUGAAGAAGUGAGUUGUACAUUUUUUAAAUAUUGAACCAACUGGACACUGUAAUAACCGCUUUGUCAACAUGUAGGAUGUGAACAUUGAGGAGAAACUGGUGGAAAAAGGAUUUGCUGUUUUUAAAGAAAAAGAAAUAUCAAAUCCUGAAGUGGAGGAUAACAGCAAGGUAGGAAUUAUAUUUCAAACAUUUUAAAGUUAUGCACUGUCUUCGUUUAGUCAUAAUUAAAUUAAAAAUUGACAGUGCAGAAUAAAUGAAGAAUAAUUUGUGACUUUUUCUCUUGCAGGUACCGAGUUCCUUCCAAUCUUCUGAUCCUGUAGUCGACCAAAUAAUUGCAGAACAGAAGGAGAUCGCUUUGGAACAAAUGAACGAACAAUUUCCAAAUCCUGCCUUUGAAAACGUUAGCUUCGAUAUGAACGAAUCAGAAAGCUUUGAAUUUCCCUCUCCUAUAACUCCAUCAGACCAGGAUAACGCCAAUGACAAAGCAGUUGUGAGUGAGACCAUCAUAGCACCAGAAGAACAUCAGGUCGUGUCUUGCGCUGAUAUUUCUCAACUGGAAAGUUUAUUUGGCAUGUUAAAUGUAGAGACCUCAAUGACAGAUGGGGCCGAAACAGACGGAAUGUUUGAGAACUUGAUAGAGGAACCUGAUUUAGACGAGAAAGUUUCCGAAAACACUCAAACGCAAGAAGGCAGUGUUUUUUCAGAACGUUACAUUUCCGAGAGCCUCAGUCAAGAAGGCGAACUCGAAAUAGGAGAAACUAUCAGCAACUCUGAGAAUCCCAGUCAAGAAUACGAACUUGAAAGUCCAGAAAUUCUCAGCUCUUCUGAGAAAAUUCAAGAAAAUUUCAAGAAACAUGAUCCAACAGCAAACCAAGUUUUAAGGAAUUUAGAUGCACGUGAGACAGUUUCGGAGAUUCCCGUUACAAGUUCCGUAAAUGUACAGGAAAUGUUUAUGGAACCCAUAACAAUUGCAAGUGUUCUUUUUACUGAACAUGUUGUUCCUGAAACUACUCCUGAGCAAGACAUGUUUGAUUCAACAACGGAGUUAAAGGAUUAUGACAAUGAUAAUUUAUCAAUGAGUAAAGACUUCACAAAUGAUCAUCCCAUCACGUCCACUCCCGAGUAUCGUCCGAACCACCAUUCGGAAAUCAACGUGAUAUCCACUUCCACUCCUAACCAAGAAGAAAAUGGCGGUACAUUGGAUAACGUCCUUCACCGACCAGAUUACGACCCCGACCGAGUUGAUCACGGCUUACGUCGGAGUUAUUCCGAAGAUCUUACUGAUGGAACUCUUACUGAUGGUAGUUUGAAUAAAAGCAAUUCGGAGAUCACCGUAUCACCGAGAGAAGAUGAAGAUCACAAGACCCAGUUAUCUUCACGAAGUUUGGGCAGUCUUUUAUCAGCUCCGCCUAGAGGUAGGGUACACUACAUAGCGCUGGUCUUCCUAGAGACCUCAUAUUGAUUAUCCAUUAUUGAUUCAUUAUUACCAUACGAAGAUACUUAAACUAACUUUAUUUAUGCUGGAUAGACUGAUAGUUUAUCAUAUCAGUUCUAAACCGUUUUCCCUGUAGGUUCAAUAGAGAUCAUCGUCCCUUGUUGAUCCAGUGUAGAAAAUCAGCUGUUGUUUGACAUAGUCAAACAGGAAACAUUCUUCUGACAUGUGACUGAGGCGUGAUUGAGUGACGAGUGUUUAGGGUUCAAGCUAAACUAUAUCAUGUUGUUUUAGGUAGUAAACGUGUGUUAGCGGCAAACUUUGGUCAAAUUCCGAGCAAUGGUAAGCAUGAGAGUGAUGACAGUGAUGAUGGUGACUCGGUCUAUUUGAGUGCUAAAGAAGACUCUGACUCAACUGGAUUUCUUAGCGCCAUUGGUUCAAAAAGCAACCUACGAUUUAAUGGUAGGUUGGUAUUGUGGGCGGAUUCUACGGUUUGGAUACCCGCGAACUUGAGGGGGCAGUAGGGAUAGCUAGCAAGAGGGGUGGAGGGUUGGUUGCUCCGUGUGCCUGGUUUGUUGGUAUCAUUUUCAUCACCCAAUUUUAUUCAAAUUUUUCCAGACACCGACAGUGACGCUACUCCGUCGGGAUAUCUCAGUGAACCUGAGGAUGACUCCAUCGAGAUAGCUGCUGAUGUGGAUGAUCAAACAAGGUAUGUCAGUAAUAUUCGUAAGGUAUAGGUGACUUUCACCCCAAAGGUUUCACUGUCGUACAAUUUUCUGAAUCAUUUACAUUUAGGUUAGACACGACGUUGUUGGUGGAAAGGUUAGAGCAAUAUGCAGAGAAGUAA